UUUGCGGUCCAUAUUUGAUGAAUUGCCAAACCGCACAGAACAGUUUUUAUUUUGCGAUUGGUAUAUUCCUCGUUCCGCAGCGCCUCCCCCGUUCUGUGGGAGACAGACCCGUUCAGACACGGAGGGAGACGAGAGGUUAUAGAAGAUUCGGAGUGGCUGCUAACGGCUCUCAUCUGAAGAGAAGAAAGGAUACAUUCACUGCAGCUCUCCCAGCAGAGAAAAGUGCUAACGACUCCCUCUGGAAGAGAACAAAGAAAGGCAAACCACGCACAGCUGACACCCGGGGAGGGGCUGACGUGUUGGGGGAGUGUUCUCGUGCCUGGAACUGCAAGAGAGAGGUUUAAAUAUGCAGAGCAGACUAGUCUAGUCUACACAGAUUACCUGUCACUGUCAGUUUGAGCUGCCUGUUUACCCUGGAGAGAAGAAUCAAGAUGGUCAGAGCGAGUGACUAGAGCACUAGAGCCGUGCUGCAGAUCCUACUGACAAUACCUGAAGACUGCCUUAUCUUGGUGGAAGCCAAGGAGGAAAGAUGGAGUCUGUUUACAUUAAACAGGAGGAGGGUCUGGAAUUGUUUCCUCUCCACAUUAAAGAAGAGACUGAACUGCAGCUUGUCCACAUUAAAGAAGAAGAGACUGAACUGGAGCCUGUCCACAUUAAACAAGAGACUGAACUGGAGCCUGUCCACAUUAAAGAAGAGACUGAACUGCAGCCUGUCCACAUUAAACAAGAGACUGAACUGGAGCCUGUCCACAUGAAAGAGGAAGAGACUGAAUUGGAGCCAUACUACAUUAAAGUAGUGACUGAACUGGAGCCUGUCCACAUUAAAGAGGAGGAGACUGAACUCGAACCUGUCCCCAUUAAAGAGGAGUCUAUUGACUUGUUUAAGGAUUCAGAAAACAUAUCCCGGCCAAAGAUAUCACAUCAAUGUAGUGAAUGUGGAAAGAUCUUCAGUCAGUUAGGAGACCUAAAAAGACACCAACAAAUUCACACUGGAGAAAAGCCGUAUCACUGUAUCGAAUGCGGGAAGAGAUUCAGUCGGUUAGGAAGCCUAAAAACACACCAGCGAAUUCACACUGGAGAGAAGCCGUAUCACUGUAAUGAAUGUGGAGAGAGCUUCAGUCAGUUAGGAAACCUAAAAACACACCAGCGAAUUCACACUGGAGAGAAGCCGUAUCACUGUUUUGAAUGUGGAGAGAGCUUCAGACGGUUAGGACACCUAAAACAACACCAGCAAAUUCACAGUGGAGAGAAGCUGUAUCACUGUUGUGAAUGUAAUAAGAGUUUCAGAGGGUCAGGAGACCUAAAAAGACACCAGAUAAUUCACACUGGAGAGAAGCCGUAUCACUGUACGGAAUGUGGUAAGAGCUUCAGAGAUUUAGGCAAUCUAAAAAAACACCAGCGAAUUCACACAGGAGAGAAGCCGUAUCGCUGCACUGACUGUGGGGAGAGUUUCAGAGAAUCUGGAACACUAAACAGACACCAGCGAAUUCACACUGGAGAGAAGCCGUAUUACUGUACUGAAUGUGGGGACAGUUUCAGAGAGUCAGGAAAACUAAAAACACACCAGCGAAUUCACACAGGAGAGAGGCCGUAUCACUGUACUCAUUGUGGGGAGCGUUUCAGAGAGUCAGGAAACCUAAAAACACACCAACGAAUUCACACUGGAGAGAAGCCGUAUCACUGCAAUGACUGUGGGGAGAGCUUCAAUCGGUUAGGAAACCUAAAAACACACCAGCGAAUUCACACUGGAGAGAAGCCGUAUCACUGUACAAAUUGUGGCAAGACAUUUGCUUUCUCCAGUCAAGUAAAGAAGCAUAAAUGCCAGUUUUGAAAAUGCAGAUGAAACUGCGUUUACAUGGCCACUAAUAUUCCAGUAGUAUUCGGAAUACUGAAUAAUCCGAAUAUAUAUUCCACCAUGUAAAUACCCUAUUCGGAAUAUGAAGAGGAAUCUUCCACCUUUGCAUAUUCGGAAUAUUUGAGGUGGCAUAUUCCACUAGUAUGCAGAAUACUAGUGGAAUAUAAAGAGAUGUGAACGGCUUAUUCAGACUGUGAAGCGCAAUCCACAACAGACACGCACAAUAACAGAUACUCAGCAGUAAACAUGACGGCACAUGCGAGAAAAUGCAGCACCUUUUGGUGUGAUGCAGAGACAUCACUUUUUAUUAAGGAUUUAAAAGUUGUAAAACAGCUUGAUGGCAAGAAACAGAGAUGUGCAGACGUGUUUAAAAGGAUGGUGGAAAAAACAUGAAGGGGAUUUGAGAGAACUGUGGAUCAAGUUUGUUAUCGAUGUAAAGUUUUAGAAGCACAAUACUACAGAAAUGGGGCGAAUCGAUCAUUUUUUCCUUACUUCAACCUUAUGAAUAACUGUGGCAGUGGUGAGUGGUGAGUGGUUACAGGUGUGUGCAGUGCAGAAUGGAUACAAAACAGACAGACAAUGAUUUCCAGGUACAAGGGUGUUUAUUGAUUAUACAAUGUCCAGAGCCUUAGGGCAAACACCUGUAAAUAAUAAAUGAUGAAAGUGAUACAGCGGUGUGUAUCACUGCGUUUGUAAUCCUCGGGUUUGACCCGAAACCAUAAAACACAGUCCAGGUUCUUUCCUCACCCACACGUAACACAGAACACAAACACAGUGUUUAUUUUAGUGCGUGAAACUAGUGUUCGUGGUGAAAAGUGCGUUUGUGAAACAGAGAAAUUCUGGUGUUGCUGCUGCUCCGGAUAGUGUAAGUAGUCUUUACAAACAAAAAACAAACAGUUUUUACUAGACAAAACAAACAAACACAACACUCACAUUUCCUUUUUUCAGCGGUCUCCUUCUAGGUUGUUCUAACCAUUUACAAAGGAACAGAUCACUUACACUACAACCCCUAUUUAUACCCUCACUCAUGACCCCUAGGUUAACGAGCGCAUCCGCUCCUCCAAUCUUCAGAUACCACGCCGUUUACCAUCCGAGUCAUUGAGUUUGGGUACCGUAGCUCCACCCCCUACCUAAAUUACCAACUUCCACCUACCCUAAGGAAUAAAUUGUCAUGCCAUUUAGUUCAGGGUACUCUGUUCCUUUUACCCAGCAUCCUCACAGGUCAGGAGGGAGAUCUAACACCUAGAAUCAUUCGAUCUCUGUCACAAUGACAUACUGGGUAAUCACCCUUUGUCUUCACCGACCCGGUGUAGCAUGCGAAAGUGCAUCCUGUGAGAGAGAGCACCCCUUCAGCACAGCAGUGUGCCUUUAACAUGUCCAUGUCAUGCGAUGUAAGGGAAGAAAAGGGAAAAAAACUUGAGUUUAACAUUUUAAAACUAGAAGAAAGAUGCACAUGUUGCACGUUUUCCUCUGCAUGCUUUUCUCACAUCUGUACUUUUGCUGUUGGUGUGUUUAUUCACACAACGUUUUACUCAUUACAAAAUUGACGAUAAGUGUAUAAAAAACUAGAUGUUGUAUUCAAGUGUAGCACUGUAUAUAACUAGGAAGUAGCAAAAAUUAUAAAACAAAAAGAAAAAAUGUAUUCAUGAUGUAAGGGGUGCACUAUCUCAUGGGGUGCACUUUCACACUGGCGUGGUGCGGACAUGGGGUUUGAAGAAGAAAGUUACCCUGACCAGCUGAUUGACGAGACUGAAGGAAUAUAAUUCAUCAGUAUGUCAUCACAUACAUAUUAUCGAUUUAUUGAUUUAUUGAUUUAUUUUUCAAAAUUUCUAAAGUGCCACUCACCAGUAGUUAUUGGGGCGCUGUAUAGAUACAGUAUAAAAUGCUGUUACAAUUUGAGUACAAAAGAAUAUACAGAAAGCGAAUAUCAAUACAUGCUAGAUCUGCAAAUGUACAUCUAAAUUUAAAUUGGCAUUGUGGCCGGGCAGAAAAGCUCUGCAUGCAAUUAGAGGGGGCGGGGCAGAAAUCUGCAUGUAAUUAGAGGGGACGGGGCAAAGCCCUGCAUGUAAUUGGAGGGGGCGGGACAAAGCUCUGCAUGUAAUUAGAGGGGGUGGGGCAAAGCCCUGCAUGUAAAUACUUAUUUUAGAACAGGUGAAUUUCUGGGUUUAGUUAAAAGGAAAUGUUUUAUUUGGGAAUGGGUGAUUUGAAUGUGUUAUGAUUUAAAUGUAUUUUGUGUUUAUUUAAAACAAGUGUUAUCUUUGUUAAUGCUUGGUUUGGAUGUGGUCUGGCAGGGGCGAUUGUUAGCAGUUCGUCCCUGCCAGACAUCUCGUGAAAAUGUGUGGUCAUAUUAAUUAUAAACAGAGUUGCUGUCGACCACGCAAAUAUUAAAAACCCUGUGCAGAAGGUGACCAUCUCCAGAUUAGCAUUAAAUGAAUCAAUGAAUUAAUCUAGAGAUGGACACCGGUAUAAAAACCUGCAGCUUUUGUUGUUCAGGGUAGGUGUUCAGAGGAGGAACGUGUGUGGAUAGAGAUGUGAAUCUAAAUCAAAAGUAAAGAAAGAGAACAAUUGCUAUUCGUGCUGGGAAGCACCAGCACAGGACUUGUUUGUGUCAGUUUUUGUUCGUGACCUGUUUGUGUUUAAAUAUUUAUUUUGGCUCUGUGUGUUUUUGUCAAACCUUUUUAUUUUUUUGUGAAUAAAAACGGCGCACAAGCGUUUCACCCGAGUACCUGCCUGUGUGUUCUCUGUCAGCUUUCUGGUCUGGGGAGUCAACACUCGGCUACCCUGUCACAAGCAUACAUUUAUACAUAAAUACGAUAACAGAAAUUCAAUCUUUGAAAAAGCAAGUAUGCAUGUGAUGACAGAAUUGGGUAUAGACGGAAAGAUUCUGGUUGAGGAUCUCAAGCGCAAUACAAAGAAAGAAACGCUGAUGUACGGGUAAGUGUGCUGAUGCGCUAGGGAGGCAAAAUAAGACUCACCCCUUGCACCAGCAUUACACUUCAGCCACCAACACCAGGCAGAAGGAUAUCUACAUCAUUAUAUGGAAGGAAACGCAAAUGGAUGGAGACACAGAUGGAUCACAUUAGUUUACUGUAAAGCUACAUUUUACUUGGUGCUUAACAUCUACUCUCAUGUAAUGGAAAUCAUAUAUAUAUAUAUAUAUAUUGUAACAGACCAGGGGGAGGAAGGGGAAAAGAUGUAGUCAUUUAUUAUUGCAGGCAGGUAUUUAAACUAGGACAAAUGUUUGUUCUGGGCAGUCCGCAGUCAGUGUGAAGGCUGGAGGCUGUCAGUAAGAAAAAGGUACUGUUUAAACAUUUUGUGUAUUGUGGUUAUGUGUAGAAAUGGUUUUGUAACUGGUAAACGGCUUAGCCGUCCUGAUUGUUAGUUAGGUUCCUAAACAGUUUAGUUUCCACUCCAAAAACAGAGUUAGGUUUUUGGGUUUUUUUUUGUUCUUUUUGGCUUUGAUUUCUGUAAUUAAUAAAACAGUACAGAAGUGCUAUUAAAAACUUCA